AUGAUUUGCUUGAAAGUCGAAUUGUUUAUAUUUCAUCACCCAAUGGCUAGUCAAGGAUUCUUGAACAAAAUAGCUGGUUUUUCCACUAUAGCUAUACACGCUGGCCAGGAUCCUGAAAAAUGGAAUUCUGCAGCUGUUGUACCACCUAUAGUGACAUCAACAACCUUCAAGCAGCCUGCGCCUGCAGAACACACGGGAUUUGAAUAUGGUAGGUCUGGAAACCCAACAAGAAAUACAUUGGAAGAAUGCUUAGCAGCUUUGGAUGGUGGAAAGCACGCCUUAGCCUUUGCAUCAGGCUUAGGAGCAACAACAACUAUAGUUUCGUUGCUCAACAGUGGUGAUCACAUAGUAUCAUGUGAUGAUGUCUAUGGUGGUACCAAUAGGUUGUUUAGAAAAGUAUCAGAAAGAUUGGGAGUAGAAACAACAUUUACCGAUUUCACAAAUAUUGAAUGUGUAAGAAAAGCUAUUAAAGAAAAUACAAAGAUGAUCUGGAUCGAGACCCCGACCAACCCUAUGCUGAAGAUCAUCGACAUCGCGGCCGUGUCGGUGGUCGCCAAGGAGCGAGGCGACAUAAUAGUCGUGGUGGACAACACGUUCCUCACGCCGUAUCUGCAGCGGCCGCUCGACUUCGGCGCGGACAUCGUCGUGUACUCGCUGACUAAGUACAUGAACGGCCACUCCGACGUGAUAAUGGGCGCGGCCGUGGUGGCGGACGACGCGCUGGAGCAGAGGCUGCGCUUCCUGCAGAACGCAAUGGGAGUCGUGCCAUCGCCCGUUGACUGCUACUUCGUAAAUAGAAGUCUAAAGACGUUAGCGUUGCGUAUGGAGCAACAUCAGAAAUCCUCCUAUGUAAUUGCCAAAUGGCUCGAGAACCAUCCAAAUGUUACAGAAGUCCUUCACCCAGGUCUACCCUCGCACCCCCAAUAUAAGAUUGCGCAGAAACAAAUGACUGGCCACUCGGGUGUAUUUAGUUUUAAGCACAAUGGUGAUCUGCAAGAGUCUCGGAAAUUCCUGAGCUCGCUCAAACUGUUCAUCCUGGCCGAAAGUUUGGGCGGAUACGAGAGUUUAGCCGAACUACCAUCGGUCAUGACACACGCCUCUGUACCUGAAGAGCAGAGAACUCAACUCGGCAUCACACACUCCCUAAUCCGCCUCUCCGUGGGACUCGAAGACACGGAAGAUCUCAUUAACGACCUGGAUCAAGCUUUUAAAGCUGCGUUC